UCCCUUUCAGCCGCUCCCUCACCCAACUAAGAAGCCUCUUGCCUGCACUCCGAUAAAGGAAAGCAGUGCGUUGAGUAGCUCGGUGUGUGUGUGUGUGUGUGUGUGUGCGCGCGCAGUAGCAUAUGUGUUUAUGCUGCAUGUGUUGGGACAGUACCACAGUUCACAGAGGAAGAUUAUCCCGGGCCGGACGGAGGGACUGUUUACAGUAAGCUCUUCUCACAGCAGUGCCCCCCUCCUCCUCCUCCUGCUCCUGCUCCUGCUCCUGCACCCUCGCCGUCUGUCGGGACUUUUAGUUAGCCGUGCGCCUUGGACAGUCACUUGGUCAGUUGAGUAAGCUCGUCCGUGCGUGCGUGCCUGCCUUGUUGUGUGUGUGUGUGGUCUGGACACUCUUCAUCGUCGUUGUCCACCGGGAGCAUUAGCUGGUGAAGAGGAGGAGGAAGAAGAUGAGGAUGAAGGAGUUGUCUCUGCGGCAGGACCCGGACCUGAGGAAGGAGCUGGCCCUGCUGGCCCGUGGCUGCGACUUUGUGCUGCCCUCGCGCUUCAAGAAGAGGCUCCGCGCCUUCCAGCAGGGACAGGCCCAGGUCAAGAAAGAGGAGCCCAUUACGCCGGCGCUAAGUGAAAGCGUUCCAAAGUUCUACUUCCCUCGGGGGCGGCCCAAAGCCAACCUCAACAUCGACCAUCUCAUUUCCAAGAUAGAGAAAAUAUUUUCCCAAUUCCCCAAUGAAAGGGCCACCAUUGAGGACAUGGGGAACGUUGCCAAGGCCUGUGAGUGCCCUGUCUACUGGAAGGCCCCAUUGUUCUGUGCGGCUGGAGGGGACAGGACGGGCUUCGUGUCCGUUCACAAGUUCGUGGCCAUGUGGAGAAAAACACUGCAGACCUGUCACGAUGACGCAUCCAAAUUUCUGCACCUUUUGGCCAAGCCUGGCUGUAAUUACUUGGAACAAGAGGACUUUAUUCCAUUCCUGCAGGAUGUGGUGAACUCACACUCGGGCCUUGCCUUUCUGAAGGAGGCGGCGGACUUCCACUCCCGCUACAUGACCACGGUAGUCCAGAGAAUAUUCUAUAACGUCAACAGGUCAUGGACAGGCAAGAUCACCAGCUCAGAGCUCCGCAAGAGCAGCUUUCUUCAGAACGUGGCUUUGCUGGAGGAGGAGGAGGAUGUGAACCAGCUGACCGAGUACUUCUCCUACGAGCAUUUCUACGUCAUCUACUGCAAGUUCUGGGAACUGGACACAGACCACGAUCUCUUCAUCGACCAGAAAGACUUGGCGCGGCACAAUGACCAUGCCAUUUCAAACCGCAUGAUGGAGAGGAUAUUCUCUGGAGCAGUGACGAGGGAUCGGAGAGUCCACAAGGAGGGCCGGCUGACGUAUGCUGACUUUGUGUGGUUCAUCAUCUCCGAGGAGGACAAGAGGACCGAGACCAGCAUAGAGUACUGGUUCCGCUGCAUGGACCUGGACGGGGACGGGGUGCUGUCCAUGUACGAGCUGCAGCACUUCUACGAGGAGCAGUGCCAGAAGCUGGAGACCAUGGCCAUCGAGCCCCUGCCCUUCCACGACUGCCUCUGCCAGAUGCUGGACCUCGUCAGGCCGGAGGUGGAAGGGAAAAUAACCCUUCGUGACUUGAAAAGGUGCAAGAUGUCCCACAUAUUCUUCGACACCUUCUUCAACAUCGACAAGUACCUGGACCACGAGCAGAGGGACCCUUUCUCCGUAGUGAGGGAUGGAGAGACUGAGGGCCAGGACAUCUCCGACUGGGAGAGAUACGCUGCGGAGGAGUACGACAUCCUGGUGGCGGAGGAGACGGCCAACGAGCAGUACCACGACGGUGGAGUGUUCUACACGUACGAGGACGUCCUGGAGCCCAUGGAGGAGCACGGCUCGGGCCUGCAGGGUGAGAAACGGCACUUCUUUAACAUCCCCAACCCCCACUGCAACCUGGACCUGGAGGAGUACGAGUACGAGGACGACUUUGAGUGAGCCGCCCGCGCUUACGCGCCAUCAACCCCCCCCCCCCCCCCCCCCCUCUCGUCACCGUCACCGCGGUGGAGGCAGCGUCCUCCGUCACAGAAACCAGGGGCAACCAGUCCAAGCCAAAGGGAAACAAACAAACAGACAGACAAACAAACAAAUAAACGGACAGACGAACACCCAUGCAGCGGGGGCGAGAACGAGUCGACCACACUUCCUGAAACUGUGUAAGCAGGAGGUUGACAGACCAAGGGGGACAAAGAGGAGCCUUGAAAUGCAUAUGGGUGAACUUCACAGGGUGGGACACUCACCAGCAUCACACAAAAACAAACACACACACUUUGUGCCGUAAUACAAACCAUCAGGUAGAACAGAGACCCCCACCACCACCACCACCCCUUCUGAAACACAAAAGGUUCCCCACACCAAAGCCAUCACCGGGUGUGCUGCUUCUCCCAGCAGUCUGCACUCCAGGGCUGGGGGGGCUCCCACAGUCACGUGCCCUGUGGGGCUCCUGUCACCGAGUCUGGAGUCCCCGCACUGGAGCCCAGCUCCCGACCACAGAGAGAGCUAGACACUGGAGUUACUGAACGUGCACUAGGGCAAGGAAAUGGACACGUGUUCUGUCCUCUGCUCUCCUCUCCUCUCUCCUCUCCUCUUCUCUAUCAGUCUCUCUCCAUCUCUAAGAAUUGGCUAAUGUAACAUUCCAGAUAUAUUAACCAAAAUAAUUUAGAACCAAACAAAAAAAAAAAAAAAACGAGUCAGCUUCUGUCAGGUGAAGCACGACACUUGGGUGCCUAAAAUUAUUCUCUUCCUCAAAGGUCCUUUUAUAGAGAAAAUGUGUAAAAUAAAAUAAUGUAUUUAUCUGCCAAGGUGGUCGGCCAUUACUGUAUCAUAGCCCUGUGUGUGUACAGGCUAGGUAUAAAUUAUUAGAGGUAUUUAUAAAUAGCUGUACAUAUUUAAUUUUGUGUUUGCGGUGUUGCAAAGGAUUUAGCUGAAUGUUUUUAAACCAGUAAUGUUCAUGUUUUUUCUACCUGUAUGAGUACUUAAUAACAAUGUACUUUCAAUGAGGGAAAAAUGAACUUUUUUUUUAAAUGUCUUGUCUGUUCAAAUAAAUAAAAAGAUGACCAUGAAAGACUCA